GUUUCGUCGGUGCGCCUACUUCUCACAUCUCCAGCUCGCAUAAAUAGCCCGCGGUCUGCAAGCUAGGACGGCAAGCAAACCACAUCAGAUCGAGCCAAGAAACCUUCUCUCAUCAUUUUUAAUCGUCCGUCGUCCCAUAGUUGACUCUUGUUCAUGAUGGCGGGGACCGAGGCAGCGUCUGCGGCCGCGGCGGCGGAGGCCAGUCCGGUGGAGGAGGGGACGACCAACAAGACGGUGGUGCUGGUCGGCGUGGACGACAGCGACCACAGCUACCGCGCGCUCGAGUGGGCCGUGCGUUACGUGGCGGAGACGGCCGGCCCCGGGGCGCCGGUGGAGCUCGUCGUCGUCCACGCCAAGCCGGCCGUGUCCUCCGUCGUCACGCUCGGCGGCCCCGCCGCCGCCGGGGACGUGGUGAGGUACGUGGACGCGGACCUGCGCAGGAGGGCCGAGGAGGUCGUCGACAGGGCUCGCCGCCUCUGCGCCGCCAACUCGGUGCAGGGAGUGGUGAAGGUGAUCGACGGGGAGCCGAGGUACGUGCUCUGCAACGCCGUCGAGAAGCACCACGCCGACUUGCUCGUCGUCGGCAGCCAUGGCUACGGCGCCAUCAAGAGGGCAUUUCUUGGGAGCGUGAGCGACUACUGCGCCCACCACGCGCACUGCUCGGUCAUGAUAGUCAAGCAGCCCAAGCCCAAGGAAUGAUCGAUCGCCAUUUCCAGUCCUCCAGUGUUGGCAUUGUGCCAUUUGCGUGCCCAGGCGCUGCACUGUAUCCCUGUCUAAUUACUGUACUCUAUUAAUUUGUUGGAUCCUCCGAACGUUUAUACAUCGGUGCCUGACAUGACGCUUUGGGUUCA